GGAGCACAGACUGAAGAAAUACACGAACUGAGAGAAGAAAAAAACACGUUACUCGGGUCAGGUGGUUUUCUCUUGAGAGAGCAGCCGUUCGUUCACAGCGCACUGGAUUCAAGUAACACUCGCCCCUGGCAGCUGAAGAUGACGUUACUAUGGAAACAGUUUUUGCUGCUAUCAAUCAUGGAGUAUCUUGCAGAGUGUGUGGAUUAUAAGUCUUUCAAUGGGCCGAAAUGGCGAAUGGAGCCCAGUGAUCUGACAGUGGACUCACUGGAGGAAGAGGCUACACUGGCCUGUGACGCAAAGGGCAUUCCUUCCCCUCAGUACAGGUGGUCUCUGAACGGCACAUUGAUUAAUCUCAGUACCGAUUCCCGUCGGCGGCUAUCUGGGGGAAAUUUGGUCAUUAGGAGUCUGGACCAAGCCCAGGAUGGAGGAAUAUACCAGUGCACUGCCUUCAACCCACAGGGAGCAAUUCUUAGCAGAAGAGCGAGCCUCCAGUUUGCAUACUUGAAUUUAAAAACUCAAACCAGGAGUGCUGUCUCUGUGCGAGAAGGCCAGGGUGUCGUUUUACUUUGUGGUACACCAUCAUAUGCAGGAGAUCUCUCAUUUGCAUGGGUCUUUAAUGAGUACCCUUACUUUGUUCAGCAAGACAAUCGUCGCUUUGUCUCUCAGGAGACGGGAAACCUUUACAUCGCCAAAGUCGAGCCCUCAGAUGUGGGUAACUACACAUGCGUGGUGGUAAACCGCAUCACUAAAGGCAAAGUCCUCAGCUCCCCAACCCCUCUGGUACUGCGAACCGAUGGCGUAAUGGGUGAAUAUGAGCCGAAAAUAGAGGUUCAUUUCUCUGACAUGGUUCCAGCUGCAAAGGGAUCAGUUGUGACACUGGAGUGUUUUGCUUUGGGGAACCCAGUUCCGGAGAUAACAUGGAGGAGAGCAAAUGGAGUGCCAUUUCCCAGCAAGGUGAAGAUGAAGAACUCAAAUGUAGUUCUGGAGAUUCCCAGUUUCCAGCAGGAGGACGCCGGAGGCUAUGAAUGUGUGGCUGAGAACAAGAUGGGAAAGAACUCAGUUCAAGGACGACUGUCUUUCCAUGCAAAGCCUCAGUGGGUUCAGACGAUGCGAGACAAUGCUUUGUCAAUUGAAGAGAGAUUGUUCUGGGAGUGUAAGGCCAAUGGGAAGCCCAAGCCUUCAUACAGCUGGCUGAAGAAUGGAGAACUACUGGCAGCUGAGGACAGGAUCCAGAUAGAGAACGGAGCCCUUACAAUCAGCUCCGUGAACCUCUCCGAUGCUGGCAUGUAUCAGUGUGUCGCUGAGAACAAACACGGAAUCAUUUAUUUUGGUGCCGAAUUGGUGGUGUUAGCCUCGCCCCCAGACUUUUCCAGAAGCCCUCUGAGAGCUCUGCUUAAAGCCAAGACGGGCAGCACAGUCACCAUGGAGUGCAGACCACAGGCAUUUCCCACAGCCAUCAGCAUGUGGAGGAAAGGCAACGAACCAGUGCAGAGCUCAGAGAGGAUAACUUUACUCCCUGAUGGAACACUUAGAAUUACAAAUGUGACCAAGAUGGACGGGGGAAACUACGCUUGCUUGGCUAGAAACCAGUUUGGUGCGGCCAGCACUACAGGAAGACUGCUGGUCACAGAUUCCACACAAAUCACCCAGGGUCCAGUGGACAUGGAGAUCAUUGUUGGGGAGAGCAUCGUACUGCCCUGCCAGAUCUCCUGUGACCCCGCUCUGGAUGUUUCAUUCUCCUGGGCCUUCAAUGGGCAGCUCCUCAAUAAACUAGACCAACAUUAUGAGCAUGUGGGUGGGAGUACAUCUGGUGAUUUGAUGAUACGGAAUAUACAGCUGAAACACGCCGGAAAAUAUGUCUGUGUGGUUGACACGGAUGUCGAGAGUUUAUCAGCGGCAGCAAUUUUAAUCGUGAAAGGUGCCCCAGGAGCUCCAGAUGGUGUAACAGUGGAGGAGAUCACAGACAGCACAGCUCAGCUUUCUUGGAGACCUGGCCAGGAUAAUGGCAGCCCCAUCACAAGCUAUAUCAUCCAGGCCAAGACAGCAUUCACAGUGGGCUGGCAAGCGGUGAACACGGUCCCAGAGGUGAUUGAUGGGAACACCUUGACGGCAACGGUGGUGGAUCUGAACGCAUGGGUGGAGUUUGAGUUCAGAGUGCUGGCCAGAAACAGCGUCGGCGUGGGAGAACCAAGUCCUGCUUCUCUUAAAACAAGAACUGAAGAUGCAGUUCCUGACACGGCCCCCACCGAUGUUGGAGGUGGGGGUGGCUCCAAGUCAGAGCUAGUAAUAACAUGGGAGCCUGUGCCUGAAGACCUGCAAAACGGAGAUGGUUUCGGCUACAUCAUUGCUUUCCGGCCACUGGGGGAGGUCAACUGGACGCACGCCGUCACCUCCAUACCGUCCCAGUCCCGUUACGUGUACCGUAAUGAGAGCAUCCCACCCUUUUCUCCAUUUAGUGUCAAAGUGGGUGCCUACAACACCAAAGGCCAGGGACCAUUCAGCCCUGUUACCAUUGUGUUCUCGGCUGAGAAUGAGCCCAGUGGCGUUCCAGACGGCAUGUGGGCCAGAAGCAUUUCUGCCACUGAAAUUGAAGUGAGCUGGCACAUUCUCAGCACUUCCCCAGAAAGAGUGUUGGGCUAUGAGGUGGUGUACUGGGAGGACGAUACAAAACCAGAGACCAUGGGCAAAGUCAGAGUGUCUGCCAAUCAGAACAAGGUUAAUAUCAGUGGUCUGAGAGGAUACACUCAGUAUUUCCUGACAGUGAGUGCUUUCAACACAGCAGGAACUGGCCCUCUUUCUCCCACCAUCAAUGUGACCACCAAGAAGACCCCACCCGGGCAGCCACCUUUGAACGUGGAGUGGAAUCUGAUUGGCUCUAAGCUCACCGUUCAUUGGGAAUCUGUCAUUUCUCUGGAGAUGGAGUCAGAUGUUACCGGGUAUCAGGUGUCUUACAGAAGGAACCGGCAUAAAGAAAUUAACACAAUAACAACAAAUCUGACCUCAGUGGAUCUCACGCUACCUGCAGAUGAUGAUUACAUCAUUCAGAUACGAGCGCUGAGUGAUGGAGGAGAAGGGAUGCCAACUGAACCCAUCAACAUACAUAAACUUAGUAUGAGUGUACGAGGAUCCAGAGCCUGGCGACCCAACACCAUCCCAGUGUCCUUGCUUUCUAUCAUCGCAUUAUCAACACUGCGACCAACUUUGUGUUAGCAACCUCUGACUCUUCCUCGCUGUGGAACUGUUGGAGAGGUGCACCAAAACACUUUUGAAGAGAUAUUAUCGAUCUAUCUCUCCAUAGUUAUCUGGGGCAAUGUCCAGCGAGGCCUUCAAGGAGCAUAACGGGAAAACGUCAGCGUCAGGGUGGUCAGAUAUCAUGUGCAUGUGUUAUGUACUGUGUGUGUAUCAUUGUGUCCUUGCAAGUGAUCCGAGACCCUAACAAGGUUUCGACCGAAGGUUUCUGAAGCGUAUUGGUGUAUGAGGAGGAAUGAGUCAUGUUACUGCACUAAGAUUUCAUCUUCUCAUUGAUCCGUCGGAACAAAUGCCUUACUUCCAUGUACAUGCCAAAGUAGUUAACAUCCUUUUGCUUCUUCCUAAGCUACUGUUUGUUAAACUUAUGAUUGGUUUGUAGUUAUCACAUCAUUAACUGAAGGAUUAGUUCACCUAAAAAUCAUUUACACACCCUCUUGUUGUUGUCAUUUGACUUUAUUGGCUUUGGGACACAAAG